CCCAUUUUACUGAGGUAGUUAUUACAGCACCACUUAUUUGUUUGAUUGUUGUGCGCUUCGCUGUCCGCUUCUCCUGACGCAACAAUUCAGCACAUUUUCCAGCAGAGAUCGUUGUGAGAUCGCAGGACGGGAGGAUGACAGCUCGAGUGUAUUUCUCGUUGAUUGCUGUUUUAUUGUGUCUGUUUGGAUACUUGAACAUAACUCACGCUAUUCAAAGACGAACCACAGUGAAGCCGGGUCAAUGUCCAUUACCAGGGAUGAUUCCACGGUGUGCUAAAAGCUGUUUCCAUGAUGGCCAAUGUCCGGCCACACAGAAGUGUUGCCCAACCACUGGUGGCUUUGCAUGCAGUGAAACAAGCGGCCAGGGACAAGGCCAGGGAAGUGGUCCGGGACAAGGUCAGGGACAAGGACAGGGAAGUGGACAGGGACAAGGCCAGGGUAGGGGACAGGGCCAGGGACAAGGCCAGGGUAGUGGUCAGGGACAAGGACAGGGCCAGGGUAGCGGCCAGGGACAGGGACAAGGUCAGGGACAGGGUAGCGGUCAGGGACAAGGACAGGGUAGCGGUCAGGGACAGGGAAGUGGCCAGGGACAGGGCCAGGGACAAGGCCAGGGUAGGGGACAGGGCCAGGGACAAGGCCAGGGUAGUGGUCAGGGACAAGGACAGGGUAGCGGUCAGGGACAGGGACAGGGAAGUGGACAGGGACAAGGACAGGGUAGCGGUCAUGGACAGGGAAGGGGACAGGGCCAAGGACAGGGACAGGGCCAAGGCCAGGGAAUCGGCCAGGGAAGUGGUCAGGGACAAGGCCAGGGAAGUAGUCAGGGACAAGGCCAGGGAAGUGGACAGGGACAAGGCCAGGGUAGUGGUCAGGGACAGGGUAGCGGCCAGGGACAGGGAAGUGGACAGGGACAAGGACAGGGUAGCGGUCAUGGACAGGGAAGGGGACAGGGCCAAGGACAGGGACAGGGCCAAGGCCAGGGUAGUGGCCAGGGCCAAGGCCAAGGCCAGGGACAAGGCCAGGGAAGUGGUCAGGGACAGGGUAGCGGCCAGGGACAGGGGCAAGGUCAGGGACAGGGAAGUGGACAGGGACAAGGACAGGGUAGCGGACAGGGACAAGGCCAGGGUAGGGGACAGGGCCAGGGACAAGGCCAGGGUAGUGGUCAGGGACAGGGACAAGGACAGGGCCAGGGUAGCGGCCAGGGACAAGGUCAGGGACAGGGUAGCGGUCAGGGACAAGGACAGGGUAGCGGACAGGGACAGGGAAGUGGACAGGGACAAGGACAGGGUAGCGGACAAGGCCAGGGAAGUGGUCAGGGACAAGGCCAGGGAAGUGGUCAGGGACAAGGCCAGGGAAGUGGUCAGGGACAAGGCCAGGGAAGUGGUCAGGGACAAGGCCAGGGAAGUGGUCAGGGACAAGGCCAGGGACAAGGCCAGGGAAGUGGACAGGGACAAGGCCAGGGUAAGGGAAAGGGCCAGGGUAGUGGCCAGGGACAGGGUAGCGGCCAGGGACAGGGGCAAGGUCAGGGACAGGGAAGUGGACAGGGACAAGGACAGGGUAGCGGUCAGGGACAAGGCCAGGGUAGGGGACAGGGCCAGGGACAAGGCCAGGGUAGUGGUCAGGGACAGGGACAAGGACAGGGCCAGGGUAGUGGCCAGGGACAGGGACAAGGCCAGGGUAGGGGACAGGGCCAGGGACAAGGCCAGGGUAGUGGUCAGGGACAGGGACAAGGACAGGGCCAGGGUAGCGGCCAGGGACAAGGUCAGGGACAGGGAAGUGGACAGGGACAAGGACAGGGUAGCGGUCAGGGACAAGGACAGGGAAGUGGACAGGGACAAGGCCAGGGUAGGGGACAGGGCCAGGGACAAGGCCAGGGUAGUGGUCAGGGACAGGGACAAGGACAGGGCCAGGGUAGCGGCCAGGGACAAGGACAAGGCCAGGGUAGGGGACAGGGCCAGGGACAAGGCCAGGGUAGUGGUCAGGGACAAGGACAGGGCCAGGGUAGUGGCCAGGGACAAGGUCAGGGACAGGGAAGUGGAAAGGGCCAGGGACAGGGCCAGGGUAGCGGUCAGGGACAGGGCCAGGGUAGCGGUCAGGGCCAGGGCCAGGGUAGCGGUCAGGGCCAGGGAAGUGGUCAGGGCCAGGGAAGUGGUCAGGGCCAGGGACAGGGACAAGGCCAGGGAAGUGGUCAGGGGAGUGGUUAUGGUCAGGGGAGUGGUUAUGGUCAGGGCAGUGGCCAUGGUCAGGGGAGUGGUUAUGGUCAGGGAAGCGGUCAGGGCAGCGGUUAUGGUCAGGGAAGUGGUUAUGGUCAGGGAAGCGGUCAGGGCAGUGGUUAUGGUCAGGGAAGCGGCCAUGGUCAGGGGAGUGGUUAUGGUCAGGGAAGUGGUUAUGGCCAGGGAAGUGGUCAAGGGAAUGGUCAGGCAUGUGGCCAAGGAAAUGGUCAGCGCCGUGGUGGUUGAAUUGUUAAUGGGAUUCCUGCCUAACACUUACUGGAGAUCUCUUAAAUUCUAUGCUCUAUUCAUAUGGCCAUGUUUUCCCUGUUUACUCGAACAGUUUAGAAAUUUGUUGGUCCCCCCACCUCAAAUAAAAAAUGCUUGAUUUGAA